UCCAUGAUUGUCCGCCUGAUUGCUACGAACCCCUCGUCUCAUCUCUUUUUGAAUCAACACGCGUCUCGCAAGCCAGCAGCUGUCUGCGUGGUCAGAAGCGUCUUGUUCUGAAACGGGCUCAGAUACAACGGCCGCCAAUACUUUUUACAGGCCUGAUCAGGAAGGGGGCUGGACUGACUACGCACGCUUGUAGCCACUUGAUUUCGACCGCAUCACAACAAGAGAAGCAGCAGGUUCUCCUUGAUUUCAACCUCAUCACCUUUUCUCCUUCUUUCCACAGUCGGAGAAAAAAAGGAAGGAAAAAAACUCUCCAAAAGACCAUCGUUUAUUUCCGAGUCACCCUCACACACCGCCAAGAUGUCUCAGGCAGUGGUAAACAUGCUCGCCAAAAAGGUGCUGAGCGACGCUGCUCAAAAGAACAUCAACGCCAAAGAUCCCUUCUUCGAGGAGGUCAAGGUCAACGAUCGGCACGGAAAUGCAAAGGUCAAGAAGCAGAAGAAGGGCAUCCCGCCAGGAGUGUCGCAGCAUGAUGCCAAGAUCCUCAUGUCCGUCAGGAAGCGCGCGUACUGGCUCGACCUGAGCUUGUUCAACCUCUGCGGUAUCCGAUUUGGCUGGAGCGCUGUCAUUGGCCUUUUCCCUGGCGUCGGCGAUAUCAUAGACGCCAUCAUGGCAUAUCUGUUCGUCUACCGCAAGGCCAUUCUGGUUGAGGGUGGUCUUCCCGGCGCGCUGCAGUCUCGGAUGCUUCUUAACAUCGCCAUGGAUUUCGGUAUCGGUCUGGUCCCCUUCCUGGGUGACGUCGCCGACGCCUGGUUCAAGGCCAACACGCGCAAUGCCUGGCUGCUGGAGGAGUAUCUGAUCAAGAAGGCCGAGGCGGAGCGGCGCGGCGGCGGGAACAUCGAGCGGGGCGUGGAGCAGAUGCUGGAUGGACCUGCGCCCGCGCGGACCAAGCCGGGACGCCAUGGUGCGGGUGAAGACAUGGAGAUGGGGGUCAUCAAUAAUGGACGAUGA